AUGGAUGAUUUCAGUAAGCUCUCAAUUUUAGAUUUGGAUUCGACGCUCGAAGAAGAGGACUUGAAAGCCAUUUCAUGCCUUUCCAUCGACGAAAGUGACGAAACUUGUGCUAAAAAAACAAUUCCACAACAACUUUUGAACAAAUACAUGUGCCAUGUUCCGAGCAGCCCGUCACCGCUCCGAAAAUCGGUUGUUGUAUUUGAAGAGAACGAUCAGAUGGAUGUGGAUGUGGAUGCUGAUGUGGACGAUGACGACUACAACGACUACAACGACAGCGACGACAUCACGUCUUUAUCUCCGGUAGUAAACACCGAAUCUACUCCAGACAACGAUUUGCUUGAGGACGAUAGUGAUGAAUACGGUGGAAAUGAGAACUCCAGCGAGUCUGGACCAGAAACCAAAGCGGUAAUAAGGGCACUUUUGUCGCCUACAAGUUUGGGGAUCGCAGCUGCUACGAAAUCCGACCAUGGACCUCGAAUAUCUGAGCUUGAAGUCGAGAAAAAUAUUACAGAAGCUGUUGACAACGAACCUACUGGGAUCACGCAAACCUCUAUGAACGACGACGAUAUCCAGUUCCUGCGACAACGGUCGCGCGACCACCCAAUACAAAUUUCUAUCAAUAACCAUCAUUACUAUUGCAAUCCGCCUCUACCAGUAACGCCAGCGAUGGCGACAACAAAAGACGCGUACCACCUUCCAAGCCCAUGGUCGAUGUCGUCACGCCCAGUCUCACCCUUUUCGUACCUGUUCAUGUCUUAUCUGCAACUCUUUCUCAACGCAUUGACCGUGCUAGUAAUUUUCUCGGUGGUGACAAUGCUGGUACGGGCAUUGAAAUCAGAUCUCAAAGCCGCGUGGCACCACGCCAAGCUGGAAUUGGAUCUGGAAUCCGCGCAGUGCGAACUCGAGUAUCGCGCAAACAACUGUGAUCCGCUUACCAGAGUGCCCUAUUUGGAAUCACAAUGCCAAGACUGGGCGAAAUGUAUGAACAGGAACAACGAUCUACUUUUCCGUGCUCGAACCGUCAUCAGCGCCCAAUUGUUUGGUGACGUAAUAAAUUCGUUUGUCGAACCUUUGGGGUGGAAAACGUUACUCAUCGUAAUGAUCGGAAUGGCCAUAUGGUGUUUUAGCUCCAACUUCAUCUUGGGUUUUGCUCGCGCAAAGAGCUACUACGGUGAGGAUGGUCAGCAGGAGCGGGGUUGCAAGCUAAGAGAGCCGUCUUCGUUGGUUUCGCCUCGGUCCAUCCUGGAGAGUUGCGAUUAA